AUGGAUUUCAAGACGGACUUAAUUGUCGAUUUUUACAGAGGCAGGGAUCUUGCGAAAAUGAAUUGGUUAAUCGCAUGUUCAGACGACGAGACUUUGAGAAUAUUUAACUGGAAAACUGCUGAGUGUAUCAUGAUAUUUCCAUAUAUUCAUACACGCAACAUCUCAUCAUGUAUCUUUGAACAUGAUUUAAUUAUUUCAGGUGGAGAAGAUUCAACAGUCAAUGUCAUUAAUGUUGACAAUUUUAAAGUUUUACAUACAUUUACAACGAAAGAGUGUGGUCGUAUAUGGUCUUUAGAAGUCGACAAGUACUCCAAGAACGCUUGUUGUAAAAGGACCAUUGAUGAGGAGGAGCCAUUCACUCUAGCAAUUUGCUGCGAUAAAGGAUUGAUUUUGGCAAAAGUUCAAAAAACAAUGACACAUGCAAACAAAAUUGUAUUAACACCAACACUCGAAAAACUCUCUGAUGUGGACAUUCUGACAACAUCAUGGCAAUAUUCAAGUGAAGACGAAAUAGUUAUAACAUAG